AUUUAAUCAGUUAAAUCCAUAAGGAAUAAUGGCGUUUCCUGGGUUCACCUCAUCAGUGUACUUCAUGGAAAGAGCCAGCGUCCCUGAAGUUUUACACAUUCAGCAGAGCUCUGGACUGUGGCGUUUAUCACUCCUCUGUGAAGGCUAACAGAUGCUGCUAAUUGGGAUUCAACCUCACGCAACCCUCCUCGUCUGCAGCCGUGACCCUUCAUGGUGUUUUCUUCCAGUUGUGGCUCCUCACAGACUUCACAGCUGCCUCAUCGCCAAACGUGGCGCUCAACGGAACGGCAUCUCAGUCGUCGACAUUUCUUUUCGAUGGAGCCGAGAAAGCAAUUGACGGGAGCAGAGACACGCUGUUUUCCUGCAGCGGUACAUUAGUUGGAUUCAGCCACUGGUGGAGUUUGAGCCUGCCGGACAUGUACAGGAUCAACUCUGUCACAAUCACCAACAAAGCUGAUUUGUUGUACAGGAUGACGGAUGUUGAGAUCCUCAUCGGGAAUUUCGAGGAGGACAACGGCAACAAGAACCCAAUCUGUGCAGUAAUUUCCUACAUCCCGAGCGCAGGCACCCACACCUUCAACUGUGGAGGGAUGAUAGGCCGGUUCGUCAACCUGAAGCUCGACUCCCUAAACCCUUUAGCUGCAUUGAUGGUGUGUGAGGUGGAGGUGUACGGAGAGCUGGUCGUUCCUGCGCCCUCUUUCAGCACGGUGGUGAUGGGUAGGAACGUCACAGUGGUGGAGAAGAAGCUGUGCUGGUCGGACGCCCUUUUUUAUUGCAGAGACUUCCACUGGGACCUGCUGAGCAUACGCAGCAAGCAGGAGCAGAGGAAGGUGGAAGAGGCGCUGAAAAAAGUCUCCUUCCCCCUCACCCAUCACGUUUGGUUUGGACGGCGCAGGUACUUGAUGGCUGGCACGUGGUUUUGGAUGUCUGGUGCUUCUGAGACCUACGACUACUGGGAGAGAAACUCCUUCUGGGGUGAAACCAGUCCCUGCGGCGCCAUCACCACCAGCGCUCCCUUCAAAUGGAAUGAUCUCCCAUGUGGAGAACACCUUCACUUCAUCUGCCUGAAAGACUAUCAGAGUGACAAGAAGAGAGUGGAGUUCUACAGCACCACCAGACGAUUAACACAGCUGUCACCAUAGAGAGAAACUCCCACUCGGUUCACUUGUCUCCAGAGCCCAGUCUUUACAGUGUUCCUCGCAAAUGUACAUUGGAAUUGUUAAUAUGUGUUUUCAUGCGUCUCUGCUGUGUUAAACUAAAACUAAUCACAGUUCAACCAUGAGGAUGCACAUUUUAGGCCUAAAAAAGUUGUUUUUGGCAGUAAUUGAUUAGUUAGUUAAAUGAUCAAAUUUAGUAAGUUGGCUAAAACUCAUGCAGUCCAUAAUAUUUUUUGUUUUGGGGGGGUUAGGACAUCCAUAUCACCUUCUCCUCAGGUGCUGUCUCUUGUAGUAGUGAGGCACACAUUGCAGGCGCACGAGAACAAUAAAGCAUAAAUCUGA